UCCACUCGGUCGUGAGUUCGGUGAAUUUAGAUUAUACAAUAUAUAUAUAUAUAUUGUUAACUUACAGCGAGUUUUUACCCAAAAAAAAAGGUAUUGAACUUUCAGCGAGUUGCAGUGUUGCACGUUCUCUGGGGGAAUACGCCAUGUGCAAGUGCCGGGCCUACCAUCUGUUCGGUCAAUUGCCCAAGUGAGAGAUUCAGGCGUUGCCGCUAUUCACAUCCCAUCUCCACAGCUCAUCAAUCAUACUGUUUUGGUAACAUGUACGGAGUAUUUUUCCCACUGAAACCUGUAUAAAGCUUGAAACUUUCUGCCCAUUCUCACUCUUACCUGGUCAAGGUAAAUCUCUACCUAAACCUCGUCACUUUUUGGGAUCUGGGUUUCCCUCUUCACAUCUGAUCUUUCUGUAAUAUGCUCUGAAUCUGCAGCAUAAAGCUCUCUCUUUCAGAUUGUUGUCUGUGAAUCUUCUCUGGUCGUCUCUUGGGUAUUUGCUCUUUUAAUCUUGAAUUGUUCCUAUAGAGAAAUUAAUCUUCUCUGCAAAUCUUUUCCUAGGCUUUAGCUUCUGGGUUUUGAUUGAAACCUCUUGGUUCAUGGAUCGGUUCCUUCUUGUUCUUGCUUUUAUUUCUCCCCUUUUGCUCUGUUCUUGUUUUGCAUCUUAUUUGGAAGAUCAAAAGAGAGACAGAAUCAGAGAGUUACCUGGGCAACCACGAAAUGUUAGUUUCUCUCAGUAUUCAGGGUAUGUCACAGUGAAUGAACAAAGAGGAAGGGCCUUAUUCUAUUGGCUGACUGAGUCACCAGUGAACCGAGUGCCCAAGGCAAGGCCUCUGGUUCUGUGGCUCAAUGGAGGUCCUGGUUGCUCUUCAGUUGCUUAUGGUGCAGCGGAAGAGAUUGGACCGUUUCGUAUUAGGCCUGAUGGGAAGAGCCUUUAUUUGAAUCCUUAUGCUUGGAAUAAAUUGGCAAACCUGCUUUUCCUUGAGUCUCCAGCUGGAGUCGGUUUCUCGUAUACAAAUACCACUUCAGAUCUGUACACGACGGGUGAUGAGAGAACUGCCGAAGAUGCAUACACGUUUCUUGUCAAGUGGUUUGAAAGGUUUCCGCAAUACAAGCACAGGGAUCUUUACAUUGUGGGAGAAAGCUAUGCAGGCCACUUUGUUCCUCAGUUGUCUAAACUUGUCUACGAAAGAAAUAAGGGCAUCAGCAAUCCGGUUCUAAACUUGAAAGGUUUUAUGGUGGGAAAUGCUGUUACAGACGACUACCAUGAUUUUGUCGGCACAUUUGAAUAUUGGUGGUCGCAUGGUCUGAUAUCUGAUUCCACUUAUCGCAAACUAAGGAUUGCGUGCUACUCUGUACCAUCUCAGCAUCCUUCAUUGCAAUGCAUGGAAGCCCUUAGAACUGCAGAACUUGAACAAGGAAACAUCGAUCCCUAUAGCAUUUUCACUCGGCCUUGCAAUAAUACCGUAACACUCAAGCGCUUCUUAAUGGGUCGAUAUCCAUGGAUGUCUCGAGCCUAUGAUCCUUGCACGGAGAGAUAUUCUAAUUCGUACUUCAACCGUCCAAAUGUUCAGAAGGCUCUCCAUGCUAACGUUACUAGGUUGCCUUACCCGUGGAAAGCGUGCAGUGACAUUGUAGGAAGCUAUUGGACAGAUUCUCCGGUUUCUAUGCUCCCUAUAUACAAGGAACUGAUUGCUGCUGGUGUCAAAAUCUGGGUUUUCAGCGGAGAUACUGAUGCGGUGGUUCCCGUAACCGCAACCCGCUACUCUAUAAAUGCACUUAAGCUGCCAACCAUCACCAACUGGUACCCUUGGUAUGAUCAAGGAAAGGUGGGGGGUUGGAGCCAAGUGUACAAAGGGCUAACAUUCGUGAGCGUGGCCGGUGCAGGGCAUGAGGUCCCGCUACACCGCCCUCGUCAAGCCUUCAUUCUUUUCAGAUCUUUCCUCGAGGAUAAACCGAUGCCAGUGAACUGAUCCAUGGCAGAUACAAACAAAAAAGGGAAGCCAUAGUCCUUACAAUAUUCAUUCUUCUCAAUGAAUAAGGAAAAGUUUCAUGAAAGCGUUUGCGUAUGGAUUCUGCAUUCAUUCAUUCCCCCGUCAACAUGUAGUAAUGUUGUGAUUCUACAAAUAUUCAGAUUUUUUUUCUUUCUUUCUUCUGUAUUAUUUAUAUUUUGAAUCCAUAUUCGACGGUUUUGUAUUGUAUCUCUGUAUGUCACUGUUUAUAUUUCUUUUGGGGUUACUUUUUAAUAAUAACUCUACCUGUUUGGUUCA